UAUCCACACAAAGGAUAUGACACAAGUGUUUUCAAAUCUUUCUUUAUAAAACACAUGCAUAUGCACACUAGCCAAUGACCAAAGUAUAACAUCUCUCUUUAUUACAAAGACACCUCAAUACUCCUCACAAUCGCCAGACUGAGAGAUGGCGGAUGAACUACCUCCCAAAGGGAUCCUCAAGAGCGAAGCUCUGAGACAGUAUAUCUUGGAAACGUCAGCGUAUCCAAGAGAACAUGAGCUGCUCAAGGAGCUUCGGAAAGUCACAGAAGAGAAAUUUGGCAACUUAAUCGAAAUGGUUAUUCCAGUUGAUGAGGGCAUUUUUCUAUCGAUGCUUUUAAAGAUCAUAAACGCUAAGAACACUCUUGAGCUUGGUGUUUUCACUGGUUACUCUCUUCUCACCACGGCCCUUGCUUUGCCUGAAGAUGGUCGCAUUACUGCAAUAGAUAUUGACAAGGAAGCCUAUGAAGUGGGAUUAGAGUUUAUGAAGAAAGCAGGUGUCGAUCACAAGAUCAAUUUCAUCUAUUGCGAUGGUCUGGAGGUCUUAGACAAAUUGGUUAACGACAAGAAUCAGGAGUUUGAUUUCAUAUUUGCUGACGCUGACAAGCCAAACUACGUGAACUUCCUUGAGAGAUUUCUGAAAUUGGUGAAGGUUGGAGGAAUUAUUGCAUUCGACAACACCUUGUGGUUUAGUUUUGUGGUCGAGGAAGAAGAGAACGUUCCUGAGUUUAUGAGGGAAUCAAGAGCGGCUGUUAUAGAAUUUAAUAAGAAAUUGGCUUUGGAUCCUCGAGUAGAAAUCUCUCAGAUCUCCGUUGGAGAUGGUCUCACUCUAUGCAGACGCCUUGUGUGAGCAAAAGACUACUUAAGAUUUAAGACCGAACUUUGGAAUAAAACUGUUAUGCUUCAAUAAAUACUUGUGUGUUUGAUUGAUGAUCACUCAACAUCUUCUUCACAUAACCAGUUUUUUUUUUUUAAAUUAAGAAAUAAUAUAGUUAAACAGUUUAGAAUGAGCCAAAAAUAUUUACCUUAUAUGUAUAUGUAUAUACAGAAAUAUGGUGUGUAUUUU